AUGUGUGGACAUCACAAUCAUAAGUUGGCUGAAACUUUAGUUGGACACCCUUAUGCUGGCAGGUUAAAUAUGAGUGAGAAGUCAUUACUGGUUGAUAUGACAAAGAGUAAAGUUACACCUGCAAAUAUUUUAUUAACCCUCAAACAAAACAAUGAUCGAAAUGUCACAACGAUUAAUCAAAUCUACAACGCAAGGCAAGUGUAUAAACGAUCAUUAAGAGGGUCCAGAACCGAACUACAACAACUUAUGAUGUUGUUGGACCGGGAUAAGUACAUUCAUUGGAGUAGGUGUGCCGACGAUUCAAAGGUUAUUACUAACGUGUUUUGGACACAUCCUGAUACGGUGAAAUUGUUAAACUCAUUUAAUGUUGUAUUUAUGAUGGAUUCCACGUAUAAAACAAACAGAUAUAGACUUCCGUUGCUUGAGAUUGUGGGCAUGACGUGUACAGGUUUAACCUUCUCAACAGCAUUUGCUUUCUUGUCUACUGAAAGGCAGAGUAAUUUCACAUGGGCUUUGGAAAAGCUGAAAGGUUUAUUUAUAACAUCUGAGGGUAGUCCUAAAGUCAUUGUCACUGAUCGAGACUUGGCUUUGAUGAAUGCCAUUGCAAAUGUAUUCUCUGAGUCAUAUCAGAUGUUAUGUCGGUUCCACAUCCAUAAAAAUGUUUUAGCUAAAUGCAAAAUGUUAGUUCGUUCUAAAGAGGCUUGGGAUGUGUUGAUGUGUGCAUGGGAAAAUGUCAUGGAUUGCGCUGAUGAGAGCUUGUUUGUUGAGUAUGUGAAUGGUCUUCAAUAUGCGAGUAGUGAAUGGCCUUUGUUCUUUGAAUAUGUGAAUCAGACUUGGAUUAUUCCGGUUGAGUCUGCUCAUGCGAGUUUGAAGACAAUUCUGAGCAAUAGUAUGGGUGAUUUGUGUUCUUGUUGGGAUAGUAUUCAUAACUUCGUUACCAUACAACACAACAAGAUUAAGACGUCAUUUGAAAAAAGUUGGUUGCUCACAAGUGACCCUUUUAAAGGAUACAGGUAUAGACAACUUAUUGGGCAUGUAUCUCGAUAUGCAUUAGAUCUCAUUGCCGAUGAAUUAGAAAGAGUCCAACAGAUAGGAUUGGACUCAUCAAAGUGUGGAUGCGUAUUGAGACGUACAUUUGGUGUCCCCUGUGCAUGUGAAUUAGCACGGUAUGAUCCUGGGAUGAUCCCUGUGGGUGAAUUUCAUAUCAUGUGGCAAAGAUUGCAUUUCUCAAAUGUUGAAUUAAAUGAAAUCGAGCCNCAUUUAUCCAUUAAAGAUGUGUUGAAACAAAUAGAAGAACGAUUCAAUGAGGCUGACAUUGGAGGUAAAGUUACCAUUAAGCAGAAGUUACUUGACAUUACUUGUCCUACAUUGACAUCAAUGGUCCCUCCAUUAGAUAAAGUUAAGACAAAGGGUGCAAAGAAAAGAAAAGUUCAACGAACAGAAAGGUCUACUAUGCGGGAUCCAUCAUAUUUUGAGUAUGUCGACGCCUUUCAUUCAACCAUGGAAUCUUCAUCUGUGAAAAGUAAAUUACAAUCAAAGCUAAAUGUAGUGAAGAAAAAAAAAGUUGCAAUGAUAGACCAGUUUCAUUCUACUACUCACCCCUUCAUUUUGGACGUUGUUGAUGUUGUGGCCGAUGGUCACUGUGGAUAUAGAUGCAUUGCUGCAUUGUUAGGACUCAGGGAAGAUUCAUGGCCCGUUAUUAGAAAUGAUUUGUACAAAGAACUCAGUAAUUGGCGUGAUGAAUACGGAAGACUGGUAGGAGGCACUGAUGUAGUAGACAAACUGAAACAGUCUUUGUUGGUGGAGUCACAGUCGACGGCUAACAGGAACAAGUGGAUGACAUUACCAGACAUUGGUUAUGCAAUUGCUAACCGCUAUAAUGUCAUUUUAGUUAAGCUACAAGAAGGUUGUCCUUUGCCCAUGGUGAAUAUCAUCUCCUCAACCUACUGUUAUGCUCAGGCACGAGCGUGGUCAUCUAUGUAUACUAGUAGGAUGCAAGCAUUUGCACAAUUGAUGAAUGUAUCGAAAUCUUAUGUUGACUUAGGUGAUCCAUGA